AUGACGCUCCACACAUUUAACCGCGUGUGGUGCAAAAUGAUGCUCCAGCGGUACAUGGGAGCAUGGCUGGACAACAAUUUGUCCGUUGACCAGUUGUCGCUCGAACUGGCCAACGGGUGUCUGGAGCUUGAGAGCCUUGACAUCAACACAAAAGUAAGAAAUUAUAAUUUUGAUUUGAAAACCAAGAUAAUAAAACAGGCUGUGAGUCAAGGAUUCUCCCAGUGCAGCAUCCCGCUGAAAUUGGUGGAUGGGUACUUGGGCCGGAUUAAAAUUGAAAUCCCAUGGCUCAGGCUCAUGACCGACCCGACGAGGAUGUGCAUAGAAGACCUGCAGCUGACGUUCAGAGGUGCAGACGUCAUGAGAAUGGACGACAUGGAGACACGUAAGUGGAAAAUUCACCUGUUCAAUAGUAAUUAUAUUUUUUCAGUGACGUCAAUGAUUGGCAGUGUCUUAAUGGGCCUCGACACAGAUGAUAUGGCCCGAAGUGUCUUUGACGAAAUGUCCAGGGAGAACAAUUUGAGUGCAGAACUCCUUGGACUCGAUGACACCGCCGACAGUUUCGCGGGAUUCAUCAACGCAGUCUACUCCCGUUUCUGCCUGACGAUCAAAAAACUGACUCUUCGGUUUGAAAAUGAGCCGAAAGAUCAGUCGGAGAUGGCGACUGCAGUGGAGAUCCACGUGGAGAUGGUCACUUUCAUGGACGAACAGAUGCGCUCUUGUGAAAUGGAAAAGACGAACGCGAGCGAUUUGGUGACCACUCAACCACAUGGCAUCGGCUCGUCGACCAAUCUCAACAAGAACUUGAGCUUCCAUGGUGCGUCAAUAGAACUUUAUUGAAUUUUCCAUAAAAUUGCAUCUGUUUCAGGCGUCUCGGUGUCAACAGACGUCUUCUCUCAGAUUCGAAAUGAUGGCGUUGGUGCAGCAGAAGACAUUCUCAUCACAAGCAUGCAUAUCCGAAGAGAAAAGGCAAAACAGAUGUCUCCCACGAAAUCCGUCCAAAAUUCGCUGCAUCCCGAGAUGUACUUGUCUGCAAUGAGCAACAUGGAUGCAUUCCAUUCAUGCUAUGACAAAUGUGAGCUCUCUCCGGAAAAAUCUAUUUACAAUAUUGAUUUAUGUUUCAGUGACGCAAGACAUUGCAUCUCCCGAUCAGCUGGAGACACUGAGGACCGCCCCUGCUGAGCCGGAGCUUUUCUCUGAUCCGAUCAAAUGCGCAGAAGUCGUUGGUGAUAUUUCGGUUGUAUUCCGGAUAAAGAACGCUGCAAAUGAUGUGAAUCUGGCCGACGUGGAGGAAAGCAAGAUUGAGACUGAUAUUUUCAUCAAAGGAUUCAACGUAUUUGCGACGCCUUCUCAAAUUGAAAUCUUGAAGAGGUAAACCUAUUUUUUCUUUAUUUCUACCGCCUGGACUAAUUGCCGCUGCUCGUGCCAUCUGUCAUCCUUUUUGCUCGUUCGGUCAUGGCUAGCUCAUGCAUAUAAUAGCGAAGGCGAACAGCUGUACCUACAGUGUGGCGUCUGUCGUAGAAGAGGGAAAAAUACAAAUUCAUGGCCUUUUUUCAGAUUCUUCUCAUCUGUAACUGCACCGAAAGAGAUCUCGAUUCUCGAGCAGGGGAAACCGAUGGAAAAAGAGGAUUACGAGAAAAUGACGAAGAACAUGGAAACGAAUCAGCAACCGGAAAGUGCUCUGGGCAAUCACAGAGCUUUUGCCAGCAAUUGGAACCAGGCCGCUGAGGUUUUCCGGGAAUUCGAAGAUCCGAAAUCGUUGCGAAAAGAGAAGAACUCGGAGAAAGAACGAUUCAAGUCACUGAGUACGUUGUAAAAUUUCCACGAAUUGAAUAUAAUCGGUAUUUUUCAGAAGCCAGUGGAAAUCUGAAGGAAGAGUUCACGGUGAAUGUGCACAUUGGAACGCUGCUCAUGUUCAUAACACAUUGCGAUUACAUGGCGGCAGACUACGCACAGCAACGCGGAGGCUAUGCCAACGUUCUGGAUUUGCUGAAAAAGGAAUCAACCAAGUUUUUCAAACAAGUGAACGGUUUCUCUUUCCUCUCAAAGCACGGACUCGCCUCCAUUCGACAAGCGACCGACUCCUUCUACCCGAAAGAUCAUCUGCGGAUAAUCGGAGGAGCUCUGGGGGUCACCUCCAGUUGCAAACGAGUUGCCGGAGUCGAUUCGUUCCUCUGCCGUAUUGUCGCAAAUCAUUUCGAUAUUGUCGAAUACUUGGCCCCGGAAAGCUGCCCAGGACACGAUGGUCCUCUUACAAUCAACCUUCUGGACUACUCGGAGCAAGAAAAUGCUGAACGAGAUCCCAACUUCAAAAUGAUUCUGGGCACUUCUUCUGAUGAGAAAGGCUACACCAAGAUCGACGUGCUUUUGGGAGCAGUGAAAACUGAAUUGGAUUUCUCAAUCGUCGACAGAAUAGCCAAUCUGAUCUACCCGAGGCCCUUCUUCGACGAAGCGUCCAAAAAGCGCAACGAAACCAAAGUACCGCAACUGAAGGACGACAUUUACGCGGACACGACGGCAGAGGGAGAAGUGCAAACCAAAACGACUGUGAAUUUGAAGUGCAUCAACUGGAGCGUCGACCUGAGGAUACCAAAAGCUGACCUGAGAGAUCCAAACGGUUCCCGUCUUCCGUUUGCCGAGCGACACGUUCACAACGAGUUUAUUCGGUUAGGGAUCAAGGACAUUGAUGUGACCAUUCCGAUCGAGAAAGAACUAUCUGUGAUUGAGAUUCUCUGCAACGAGAUGUUUGGAGACUUUUGUGGAGAAGAACUGAACAUUCCAAAGGAACAGGAGAGGUUCCUUUUGGCUAGCAAGACUGGAUUCGACAAGAUCAAAUUGAAGUUUGUCCUCAACUCGAAGAUUCAGAAGAAUGUUGGAGUCCCACGGAAGUCUUCAUCAUCCGGCAUUCCUCCUGACAUGUUGAAGUCAGUGUCUGCCGAUAUUAUGAUGGCUCAUCCGAAAAAAGAAGGACCAUUCUCAAAAGUUCCACGGUCUUACUGCUCUCAGGUUGGAGAUGAAAAUGAUGAGGUUCGCACAGUAUUACAAUGUGACAAAUAUAAUAAGUAACUUUCUUUCAGAUUAUCCAAGCAGGAACACGAGAUGAGAUUCUGAAAUUCCAACAUGACUGUGAAGGCCUUGCUGCAACACUUAUGCUUUUUAUAGUUCCAAACCUCAAAUUGCACAUUCCUGAAAAGAGUUUCCUUGAGAUUCUUUACAACCGCCUUGUCAAUGAUCUGGCGCUGUUCCAACCGGCCGCUCCAGCUUUCCGUGCUCAGCCUGCAGCUGCAAAGAUCCAACCAUUGGACUCCUUUGAAGAAUGCGUGGCGCCAAAGAACUAUGGUAAAGAUAACAAUCGAAUGUUCGAGAGUUUGAUUUCAUACUGUUCUUCAGCCGAAAGUGAGCAUUCGGAUCUGGAAGAUGAAAUACCGACAAUGCGGAACAGCGUCGAGAGCAUUGGUUUUGAUAGAGAGCAGCCACACACUUUUGUGAUGACUCUCAAUGCGAACAAGUGCACCGUUCUCUGCAAUACGGCCAUCAAAGAGGUAAACUACUUCAUACGUUAAAAACAGAGAAAAACUUACUGAUUACAGGAGGAUAAGCCAGCCGAACCAUCACAAGUUUGCCUGGACUUGGAAAAAGUGCACAUUGGAACAACAGCCGGUUACCAUGGAGACACCAACCACACGUUUUUCCACUUCACCUCUUCCAAAGCAGCUGUUGGAUGUAUCGAUCUCAACAAGUUGUCUCGCAUGCCAAAUGUGAUCAGCAUGAAGGACUUCGGAAGAUGGGGAAAAGAUCUCACACAACUGGAAUAUGUGCCGCUGGACGAUGAACUGAGCAGUGGAUCGACAGAAGACGCGUUCGCGGUUGCUCUUCACAUGCAUUUCAAGCCGGAGCAAAACGUGAAGGACGUACUUCUUGGUUUGGCACUCCGCAACUCUUUGCUGCAAGUGAAACCCUUCAAAAACUGGGGAGAAUUCUGGAUCACCCAGCUGGCCGAUUUGUUCACUCUUCAAGAUUACGCCAUUCCUGGAUACGAGCUGCCUGCUGUUUCUACCGAUCUCCAUAUAUGCUUCGAGAACGCUCUUCUAGGAUACGAUCACUCGUGGGUAAACCCUAAAAGCAAGCUGAAACUGCGAGCUGCCCUCGGACAGUGCAAUCUGGCGAGCUCGAUUGUGUCUGACAUGAACAUCUCCAAGACACUUUGCAUCUUCGAAAGUUGCCGAUUGUACAUGGGACAGGAUGCUCUGAAAGAUGUUGUUCGGUUUGAAGGAUUCGGAGUUCCAAAGACCUCCGGAAAGAAGUUUAUUCCGUUCCUGGAUAUCGGAUUUGUCCAACUUGACAUUUUGUUUGCCGUUGGAGAGGAGAAAGGCCCAAGAACGCAACCAGCAUUCGAAAUCCGCUGCCAGAACGAUAUCAUCAAAGCGUGGGCGUGCGCGGACUCGCUUGCCGCUUUCAUCAAAACGGUCAUGGAGUACAUCAACAACGACCAGGCGUCAUCGAAAGGAUCAGAAGGAGACGAAGCUCGCUCGGACAUGGAACAAUCGGGUAAAAGUGAGGACAUCGCCAAGAGUGUCGCUGCGGAAUCAGUUUGGAGUGAUGCUUCGACUGGAAGCAAGCACAUGCAGAAAAUGACCGUCGGUGCCAGCCUUCCUGACGACGUCGACAAGCGGUUGCAGGCAAUCAUCCAGGACGCGUUGAUUGACAAGGACGACAGUGUUGGUAUUGCGAUCGGUGUGGAUGCCGUCAAGGAAUUCAUGACGAAUACGACACCUACCAAACAAGUGCCGAAGAAAAGAAGGGACAAAUUCGAGGAAGCCAAUAAGAUGUUCACUUUGACGGAUGAGGAGUUCUGCAUGGUCGACGACACAGUCUUUGGAUCCGGAAUUACCAACACGCCUGGCGACUCCCGCACUAGAGCGAUCACUUUGUCGUCAGUUGAUUUGGAAGAUUUUGUUGUCAUCCGAAACGAUAUCUACCUUCCGAUUGAUGACAGCGGAAACGAUGCACUCUACCAAGAGAUGUCGCCAAUCAAAGACCCCGUUCUGCGGUAUCUGCUCAAGGAUGUCACUCUCCAACUCAGCCUGUACGCUGGAAACGACCUUAGCGCAAAUCCUUCUCCGCUGAGAACUUACUGCACCGAAGAAUACCGUCGUGGCUAUGGGCCGGAGCAAAAAGUUGAGAAGAACGCGACUGGAGGACCGAACCGUGAUCACUCUGCAUACGUGGUUCUGGAAUUGAGCAAAAUUACGUAUCUGAAGCAGAUCUUCGAGAAAACUGCUCCACUUUUGUCGACAACGUUGUUCCAAAUUGGAGACAUUGUGAUCAAGGACCGAGUACAAGCCAGUGAUAUUCAGGAAAUGCUGUAUCAGUAUUCAUGCAGCUCGCAACCACGACGCACUCACGCUCCGAUCAUCAGUGUUUGCAUGUCCGAGACUCACGCAAAGGAAGGCAAAAUGAGAGUCUCCAUGCUGCCAAUCAAGAUCAAUGUAGAUCAAGAUACACUGGAAUUCCUUGCUGAUUUCUUUGAAGAAACAUCCAAAUUACUCGACCUGCCGAAAGCCCAAACCGCAAUUCCUCAACUGGCUCCACGGCCUAUGAUUGAAGUUCCAGCCGAUCGUUCCAAGAGAUCGUCACCAAAGUCGUCAGUUUCAUCGUCGGAAGGAGACGUCCAGAGAAUGUAUCCGAGUAUUCCUGACCCAGCGCUCACUUUGGAACCUCUCAAGCCGUCUCCUGUUCAGCCUGCAACCCCAUUAGGUACGUUCAGCAAGAAUUGUAGCUACCAGCAUCUGCUUUCACACUCAUAUAUACUUAACCAUACUAAUAUCUUAUUUUUUCAGGCGAUGUGUCUUACCUCGAAAGGAUUUCACAAAACCAUUCGUCGCCUGUGAAGCGUCCAAUCAUUGACGCUCCACUAACCGCUUCUGCUGUUUCUAUUGGUAAUAACCAAAUUCAAACUAAGUUUGAACGUUAGUAAUUAUUUCAUUUUUCAGGGGCAGGAAUGUUCAAUCAGACCAAAAACGAUGAUGAAGACGGCGAAGAGGACAUGGACCCUAUUCAAAUGGAUGCACUUCGUGAAGAGCUCAGACAACUGGAUGAGAUGCAGAACGCGGACGAUGUACUGUCCGGUCACAGUUCUAACAACUCAUCCACGUACUCAAGUUCUUCGAACGAAGCGGAUGAAUUCCCACCGGUCCCAAACACGUUGUCCCCCGGGAAGAAAGCAAACAGCUCGAUCAUCUCUUCGCAACACCCCGCUGAUUUGUCAGACUUGAAGGGAGAUUGGCUGGAAGAUGAAAUUCACUACGAAACGAUCGAUUCUCCCAAACCAAUGCAGAAGAGUUAUUUCCCAGAACGGAAAGAGUUGAAGCCACUGUUCGGACUUGACGACCUUGCCGACGAGCCGGAAUUGAGAGCAUCGAGGAUGUCUCCAGUUACCUCCAGUCCUCUCAAAACCAAUCUGAAAAUGAAAGCUGAAGGCCUUUCGCCGCUCAAGAUGCCACAUUUGACAAACGACGACAUCCUGAUGCGUUCUACAAUGAUGGGAUCUAUCCAUCCAGCACAAAGCGUUCACAAUUUGGUGGAUACGAGUGAUGAUCAGGAAGAGCAUGGCAAUUUCUUGGACGGCAUUGAUGAUGACGAUGAGGAAAGCGAGAAGAAGCAAAUGGAAGAAGAAAUGGAGGAGCAAAAGAUGGGAGACGCAUCAGCGAUGAACCAAGACGUUCAAGCAGCAGCCGAGCGCGGAGAAACGUUCUUUAAGCAUUUCGUCUUCUCUCCAGCUGUCAACAUCUAUGUCGAUUACCAAGGAAAGCGCAAAAUCAGCACGGAGAAGGCAGGAGCACUUGUUGGCCUCCUCAUGGCUUUCGGACAACUUAACCAGAUGCCAAUCACCCUUCGAGAAAUCGAUACCAAGAUUGGAAUUCUGAGCGCCGGGCGUUGCUUCCAGCACGCGAUUGGAGAGUGGUCCGGAGAUCUUCUCACAAAUAUGCCCAGCGUCAUUGCCAGCUACGGACCAAUUAGUCCACUCGUUCAAAUUGGCCGAGGAGUUGUCGAUCUUUUCUGGAUGCCAGUUGAGGAACUCCGCAAGAAGGACGGAAACGUCGUUAAAGGAGUUCAACGAGGAGUUGGUUCAUUCAGUGUUUCUUCGGCGGCUGGAAUCGUGGGAAUGGCACAAACAGUCACUGGAUUUGUGCAGAGCAUUGCUGAGAUGACGAUGAAGGAGUGUAAGCCAGAUGAUCCGUCGACAAGAAGAGCUGCUGGUCGCCGGUACAACAAGAACCAUGGAAUGAACCCUACCGACAUCCGACACAGCUUGCAGUUGGCUUAUGGAAUCCUUUACGACGUGAGUUACCUUUCCUAAUUUUGACAAAGUUAAGCAUAUGUAUGUUUUCAGGGUUACCAUCAAACAAGAGACGAUCUCGAACUGGCUGCUCAAGAAGACCGGGCUUCCGGUAACUCUGUGGUCCGUAGUGCUUUCCGCUACGCCGUACCAACUUGCCUCGGACCCAUCGUGAUGGCCACUCAAGUGACGUAUCAACUGCUUGGCGGUCUCCGCAAUCAACUCCGUCCGGAUACUUAUCAGGACGAGCGGCGCAAGUGGGGAGAGAAGGAUGUGCCCGGACAAGUCGCCAACAAGUGA